AUGUCAUCCACACCAUUCUCUCCAAUAAUUAGAGUGGAUCGUGGUCCAGUUGCGUUAAGAUUACCAGUUACACUAGAACAAGUUGACGAUAAAAGGUGUUGGAUUUGCUUUGGUGAAGAAUCUGACAGUGUUGGGAAAUGGGUUCGGCCUUGCAAAUGUUCGUUAAUAUGUCAUGAAGAAUGUUUAUUGAAUUGGAUUACCGAGAAUCAAAAAAGUACUGCGUUAAAAAAGGUGAGAUGUCCUCAAUGUAGAACUUUAUAUCACUUUGCUGAACGAACGUCACCUCUUUUACGCGUCUUUACAAUCAUCGAUUCUGCAAUUCAAUCUUCAAUUCCGUACUUUACUAUUUUUGGAGUUACUUUUGCUGUUGCGGUAACAAAUAUUCAUUACGGGGCAUAUGCAAUUAUCACAAUGGUUGGUGUUGAAGAUGGAGAACGACUUCUAGAAGAACCUUGGAGUUGGAGGAUUUGUUUCACCCUCCCUCUUGUUCCUAUAUUGCUCAUAUUUUCUAGAGCCCGCAUUGCAGAUCCAGUGAUGCCACUUAUUCCUAUGCUCUUUAUUCGAUAUGAUCAAUUAAGAACUACCAUGCCACCUAAUCCAUCUCUCACAAUCUCACUUUUGCCAUGGGCCAGAAUUGUUUAUAAUUAUUCAUAUAAUCGUUUAUUCGGUCGACUUGAGGCUUCAUGGCGUAGGCAGCUUGAGCCAUAUAACACUUCAAAUGAUGUUGAAAAUGGAGAAAAUGGCAAUGAAAGACGUCGUGAAAAUCAAGAUGUUUUAGAUCGUUUAGAUAGGAGUAAUGCUGGUCGAAAAAUUGUUGGAGCAUUAUGCCUUCCAUGUAAUUAA